UUCUAAUCCAAUCUGGUUCAUGCGGUCUGAUUCAUUAAGGAGUUCUAAUCCGAAACCGCUGAUGUCAAAUCAGAAUCGGCUCGAAAACCGGAUCCUCAAGGCUUCAUCGAUCAAUCUGUAAUUAUAUUACAAAUCGCGGAGUCUACUACAUCAUUCGCAAAAUCCCUUCCCUCUCUAAAUCCACUAUUUCGAUCAUUCUCCCUCUCCUCUAUCUGAUCAAUCAGACAAAAUGAACGAUGCAGAUGUCUCCAAGCAGAUCCAGCAGAUGGUCAGAUUCAUCCGCCAGGAAGCCGAAGAGAAGGCCAACGAGAUAUCAGUUUCUGCUGAAGAAGAAUUCAAUAUUGAGAAGUUGCAGCUGGUAGAGGCAGAGAAGAAGAAGAUCAGGCAAGAGUAUGAGCGUAAAGAGAAGCAAGUCGAAGUUCGAAAGAAGAUUGAGUACUCCAUGCAGCUUAAUGCUUCUCGAAUUAAAGUUCUUCAAGCCCAAGAUGAUGUGGUUAAUGCCAUGAAAGAGGCAGCAGGAAAGGAUCUUCUGAAUGUGAGCGGUGAUCAUCAUGUGUAUAAAGAGCUUCUGAAAGAUCUGAUAGUUCAGAGUUUGCUCAGACUGAAGGAGCCUUCUGUCUUGCUGCGCUGCCGAAAAGAUGACCUGCAUUUGGUGGAGUCUAUCCUGGAUUCAGCAAAGCAGGAAUAUGCAGAGAAAGUAAAUGUUCAUGCGCCAGAAAUCAUAGUUGAUAAUCGUGUCUAUCUUCCACCUGCUCCUAGCCAUCAUAAUGCCCAUGGUCCUUACUGCUCUGGAGGUGUAGUCCUGGCUUCUCGAGAUGGGAAAAUUGUGUGUGAGAACACCCUUGAUGCACGGUUAGAUGUUUUGUUUCGUAAAAAGCUUCCUGAGAUCCGCAAGAGGCUUUUUGGUCAGGUUGCCGCAUGAUAGGUUGACCGACAAUUUCUGUCGAGUUUGAAGACCAGAGUCUACUGUCAAUUGCUUGGUCAUCUUCUUUUGUUUAUUUAUUUAUUUUGUGAUAUUCAUCUUUGCAGAAUACUGUUGUUUCUGAAAUUAGGGAAGCUGGUACUUGUUUAGUUCUGGUAAUUUAUUUGGGGCAUGCCAAUGUACUCGUGUUUAAUAAUAAACAGAACGUCUGUCUUUUGAUCGA